AUGCCAGGCAUUCCCUUCUCCGCUGCCGUUUUCAAUUCCCCCAGCCCAGUUCUCAUUCUCGACCUGCAAACCCCUCCCCCGUUUUCUCACCCCCACAGCUGCCCCCAUUCUACCCACUUCCCUCCCUCCUUUUUUUCCAGCCGCUCCCUGUUCCCCGCCUUCUUACUUCCUCAGGUGGGCCAAGCGUUUCACGCGUCCCCGCAAGCCCUGGGCACUCUCACGCUCGUGCGCGCGCUCGUGCAGGCCUUAACCUGCCCGCUCACCCCAUGGCUGGCCCACUGGAUGCCACGAGUGCGAGUGAUUGCAGUGGGUGCGUUCACAUGGGCCAUCGCCACUCUGGGCGUUGGCAUUGCCACCAAUUACUAUGAGGUGGCGGCAUGGCGGGGUCUGAAUGGAGUCGGCCUAGCACUGGUCAUCCCGGCCAUCCAGUCGCUAGUCGCUGAUUCAGCCAGCAACAGCACGCGCGGCAUGGCGUUCGGCUGGCUGCAGUUUGUCACCAACUUUGGCAACAUCCUCGGAUUCACCCUCGGCAUCUCCCUCGCCUGCUACACAUUCUUCGGCCUCGCUGGCUGGCGCAUGGCUUUCAUUAUAGUCACCGCUGUCAGCCUGGGUUUGGCGGCCAUGCUCUGGCUCUUCGCACACGACCCGGCUCCCACCACGGUCAAGUCAAUAGACGCCUUGACUAGCCUAACUGACGACCCCGGGACACAAGAGGAGCGCACUGUAGAGCCGUUGCUAUCUGAAGACCAUACCCUACACUUGAAGCAACAGCAGCAGCAGCCCCACCACCACCACCAACAGCAGGAGGAGCAGCAGCAGCAGCAGCAGCAGCAGUCUCAAUUUGACGAAUCGACCCCACUCCAACCCACCUCCUCCCACCACCGCCUCUCCACCUCCUCCCCACCCCACUCUCCCCACUCCCAUCCCCACCCCUCCCCACUCCUCCCCACCCCCCUCUCCUCCCCUCACUCCUCCACAUUCCUCUCAGACGUCUUCAAAGUCCUCCGAAUCCGAACCUUCCAGCUGAUCAUAGCCCAGGGGGUCGUAGGCUCCUUCCCCUGGGCAGCAGGCGCAUUCUUCCCCAUGUGGUUCGAGCUCCUCGGCUUCUCCCAUGCUUCCACUGCGGUUCUCCUCUCCGUGUUCACCGUCGCGUGCAGCUUGGGGGGCCUGUUUGGCGGGUGGUUUGGGGAUGAGAUGGCUAGAAGGUGGCCGGAUGGGGGGAGGCUGGUGUGUGCGCAGAUCAGUGCAGGGUCGGCGGUGGUGCUGUCGACAGUGCUGCUGAGGGUGGUGCCGCAAUCGCCCGAGUAUUUUAUGGUGUACAUUAUGGUGUUGACCCUCAUGGGGUUUCUUAUCUCAUGGAAUGCUGCGGGUACCAACAACCCCAUAUUUGCAGAGAUAGUCCCUGAGAGACUCCGCAUGGACAUAUACGCCCUCGACCGAACCUUUGAAAUGUCCAUAGCAGCCUUUGCUCCACCCACUGUGGGCUACCUCGCCCAGGCUUGGCACUACCGUGACCAUCUGCUGGGGCUGAAUGCGUUUCAGCGACACCAGAAGUUCGUCCAUGACUAUGUUCGCUUCUACGGCCGCUCAUCAUCCUCCGGCGCUGCAACCACAUUCAAAACGGACCUGGACGUCUUGAGAGAGAGCUAUCGGUUCAUUCGGUCAGAGGCAGAUGACGCAGAGGGCACGUGGGAGCAGAGGCUGGCCAAGCGAUACUAUGACAAGCUGUUCAAGGAGUACUGUGUCGCGGACAUGAGCCGAUACAAGGAGAACAAGAUUGGCUUGCGAUGGCGCACACAUGCUGAAGUGCUGCAGGGAAAAGGUCAGUUUGUGUGUGGCACUAAAGGGUGUGACAAUAGAGAAGGCCUUCAUAGCUACGAGGUAAAUUUCGCCUACCAUGAAGCCGGGCAGAAGAAACAGGCGCUGGUGAAGCUGAGGGUGUGUACCAAGCAUGCGUAUCAUCUGAACUACCGUAAGGAGAAGGAGUUGGAGUGGCAGCGAGCAGCAGAGGAGCGGGAGAGGGAGCGGGCGGAACGAGAGAGAAGGCAGAAAGAGAGGAAGAGACGGAAGAAGCGAGG